UAAAUCCCACACCCUUUCAUUCCCCUUUUCUCUCUCCUCCCUCCCUCGAACUUGUCGAUGGCGCCUCUGAAGCUUCGACAGUCAUCAUCACCGGCGCAAACCCUAACCACAUCGUCGCAGGAUGCGCGUAUUCUCGUGCGGGAAACCAUUCGAAUCAGUGCCAGUUUAGCCUCCGCCCCUCCGUCGCCGGCCAAUUCUCCGCCGGCGAUUCCUCCUACUGUUCCUGCGGCGUUGGAGAGCAAGAAUUUGAGGUUAGGUCUUGUUGAAGAGGAGUACAUUGAUUCCAAUUUGAGGUUGAUUUGUUGCGAGGAGAUCGAUGGUCGACGUUGGAAGAAUGUUGCUGAAAAUGAUUCGUUUGGAAAUUUUAAGAAGGGUUCAAUUCGUUCUGUUUCUUUGCAGACCCCUCUUUCUCCCACUGAUGAGUUAGUAUCAUUUAUACGUUCCUAUGUUGUUCCUGAAGGCUUUCCUGAUAGUGUCUCACCUUCGUAUGUACCAUACAUGACAUGGAGGGCACUAAAGCACUUUUUUGGUGGAGCCAUGGGUGUCUUUACAACACAAACACUGUUGACUUCCGUUGGAGUAUCUAGAAGCAGAGCUACACCUGGUGCUGUUGCUAUUAACUGGAUCCUUAAGGAUGGUGCUGGCCGUGUUGGAAAAAUGCUCUUUGCAAGACAAGGAAAGAAGUUUGACUACGAUUUGAAACAACUUAGAUUUUCUGGUGAUCUAUUGAUGGAGUUGGGUGCUGGGAUAGAGCUGGCAACAGCAGCAAUGCCAAAUUUGUUUCUGCCUCUGGCUUGUGCUGCCAAUGUCGCUAAGAAUGUUGGUGCUGUUACAUCAACAUCUACUCGUACUCCAAUUUACAAAGCAUUUGCUAAGGGUGAGAAUAUUGGCGAUGUUACUGCUAAAGGUGAAUGUGUUGGCAACAUUGCAGAUCUGUUAGGUACUGGACUAAGCAUCAUGCUUUCAAAAAAUAAUCCAUCCUUGGUUACAACAUUUGCCUUCCUUUCUUGUGGUUAUGUAUUGAGUUCUUAUCAAGAGGUUAAGUCUGUUGUACUGCAUACUCUGAACAGGGAAAGAUUUACUGUGGCGGUGGACUCUUUCCUUAAUACUGGGCGAGUUCCUUCUCUAAAAGAAGGAAAUUUAAAGGAAAGCAUAUUUUCAUUUCCAUGGGUACAUGAUACCUCUGUUCAACUUGGUUGUAGAUUCAAGGAUGCAUUUCAAGACCCAGGUUUAUAUAUUGCAUUAGAGCCACUCUUUGAGAGAGAGAGAUACGUAGUGACAUUCAAUCCUGUAAAGAACAAAGUGUAUGCAUUGCUCAAGGAUCAGGCAAAGCCUGAAGACAUCUUAAAAGCGGCAUUUCAUGGAUAUGUACUUAAUCAUUCUAUUCGAUCAUCGGUCAAAAAGAAAAGUGCUUCUGAGAAGCAUCAUGAGCAUGAUAGCUUAGGCUCUAUAGCCAUGCCUGUAAAUAUUGAAAGUCUUGUGGCUGAGUCCUGCAAGAUGGUUUCAUCUACAUAUGGCCUGUUCAAAUAUAAAGCUGCUGAACAGGGAUGGGUAAUGUCUGAAUCACUUCUUAAUCCUGGACGUGCGCGAUUGUGUCAACAAUAAGGUUGGACCACAUGUUUUCAUUUGACAGAAAACAAGAUCUUGGAUCAGAAAAAAAAGAACUGAAGUCAUGAUAUAUGGAUGCUUGCAUGACACACCAAGUCCUCAUGACUGAGGUUCGGGGAGAAUAUGUAUCUUGCUGCUAAUUGCGAUACAUAUUGGAGUCUAUGUAAUGGGUGUCAUCUUUGCGGAUAAGGAUGUGAUCUGUUGAAAUAUUGAUCUAAUGGAAGAUUGCAGACUUCUACAAUUCAAUAUUUAGAACGUAAUGAGGUAUUUGAAGCAGCAAUAAGUUUACAAAAGUUGUAGAAUGUAUAUGUAUUAAAGUUUGUCUUCCUGUUUGUAUCUAUUACAGAGUUUGGUGGUGAUAUGUUUAUGUUUGCAUGUAAUACACAAAGAUGUUACGGUAGGGUGGGAGGGCGCAAGAUUUUGAUAGUUUUCGAGGUUGACUCUUAAAAUGGAUGAUUGUCAAUUGGAUUGACUUUUCCUUCGUGAGGAAAUCGGCAAGCCAUUUUUGUCCAUUUCCAAAGUAAAGCAAUUGUAAAGUAGGAUGGUCUACAAAAUGUGAAGAAUGCAGGUUGAUAUUGUUAUAUUUGUAUAAUCAAUUUUGUUACCUGUAUGGUUUGAUAUCAGUUCGGUUUUCUCUA